AAAGAACACCAGCUCCCAACAAACUAGUAAAAUAAAAGUCCUUUUCUUUCUGACCCCAUUUCUCUCACGCUUCAAUAUCAUGAAGUUUUCAUGAACCACUUUUAAGUUUUAACUACUUCUUCUCUUUCCUUCAAUCUGUGUGCUGAAAUACAGCUCAAAAAAAAUAAAAUAAUGUCAACUUUUGAUACUGCUAACAUUGACAUUGAAGCAGCAAAUGUCAGUGGCGGCGACAAUGCUAAUCUUGGCCGUAACCGCCGCCGUCAAAGGCGGCGCCGUCGACGACGCCGGAUGCCAUCUAUGGCAGGGAGCAGUGAGACCACUACAGAUGGUAGUUUCCGGUUUUCGGAUUCUGAUUCCGACCAGUCUUGGCAUUCUCCUUUAGGUUCUUACCGUUACGAAGAGCAAUGUGGGUUUUCUAUGAGGUCUGAGGGCAAUUUGGUAAAUUGCGAGGAGGGGAAAAGAGGGUGUUGUUCGUUGGCUGAUGAAGAGAUUGAUUUGGAGAGUGGUGAAUUGGAGUUGAAAGUGCAUAAAGAAGUAGAGAGUAGUUGUAGGAUUUGUCAUUUGAGUUUGUUGAAAUGUGGGGGGAUUGGUGAUGAUGACCAACUUCUAGAACCUUCUGGUGGAAUGGCUAUUGAAUUGGGUUGUUCUUGUAAAGGUGAUUUGGCUGCUGCUCAUAAACAGUGUGCUGAAACUUGGUUCAAAAUCAAGGGAAACACGAUUUGUGAAAUCUGUGGUGCAGCAGCGGUAAACGUUAUUGGAGGGCAGGUAAGUGAAGCCAACAAUGCUACAAUUACCAAUGUGGGAGUAUCAAAUGCACCUGUAGUCCUUUCUGAAACCCGAAGAUUCUGUCAUGGACGCCGCAUCAUGAAUUUCCUGCUCGCAUGCAUGAUUUUUGCCUUUGUCAUAUCAUGGCUUUUUCACUUCAAGAUAUUCCCCUGAAUUUCGUUUAAGAUCGUCUUGGCUGAACUUGUUUUGAGUGACAUCAUUAACAACUCAACCCUGAGCGAUUUAUGAUGUAGAGGUAUAUUUGUGCUGAGGAACUUUCAGCUUCUAUUUGAAUUGCAAAGUAACUGAUUUAUGUCAAAGGCAAGAUAACAUUUAGAUACAGGUCAUGCACUUCUCAAGAGAUGCUUAUAUGAGAAAAUGACUUGUAACUGGGAAUGCAAGAGACGAAGACGGCCAAUGACUUAUUUGCUUAUCAAACAUCACGUGGAAAGAAUUCUUCCCCCACCAGGAGCGAAUUAUCCUCCAUAUCCAUGUUAAUAUCUCCUAUGUGUUCAUGUUCCAUAUUAAGCAGCGGUGAUGGUGCAGUGUAUUCUGUUAUAUUUCAUUAAUGCACUUUCUGUACAAAUAUUUUCAUGUUGCUUAGUUGUGUGGCUAUUUCCCCUUGCUUCUGAUAUAUUUAGCCUGUGUCCCCUUGUAAGUUAUCUGCAGCUCAGAAAACUGCCUACCAUUUGUGGAGGGUUGUUUUAUAUUUUGCUUAGACUGUAAAAUGAGUAUUGUGUAUUUUAGACAA